AUGCAAUAUUGUGCAGUGUUGCUGCUGUUAUUGGGGCUGUCGGUGGUACUGGUCCGGGUUCAUACAUACGGCGGUUACUAUAAGGGUGACUCCACACACUCCCAGGACGAUGAUGAAGCAGAUGCUGAUCUGCGCCGCUGGCAAGAGGGCUACGAGCAAUGGCGAAGAAGGUGCGCCAAAUAUGACAACCCGCCAACGGAAGAACCACCUGUGAGCACACGCAUAGCCGGUGGUUCAUUGGCCACACCGGGCAUGCUGCCCUACCAGGCCGGCCUACUCCUGCGCCUGGCCAACGGGGAUGGGAUUCAAUGUGGUGGAUCGCUAAUCACACAACGAUUCGUGUUGACGGCUGCUCAUUGUGUGUUUGACGCCGUAGAGGGUCGAGUCUUUUUGGGCGCCACCCGUUAUGCGGACGAGAUGGAUGCUGCCGAGUUCUAUAAUGUUACCAAGCAUGAUUUCCGUAUAUACGAGGAUUACCUAGGCUAUGGUGGCUACAACGAUCUAGCGCUCAUCAGGCUUCCUCGAACUGGAAGAGAGAGCAGGGGGAGAGUGCAACCCAUUGCCUUGGCCCUGGAGUUCAUGCAGCAAGCGCUGCUAGAGGAGCAGCCCGUGAGCACUUCGGGCUGGGGUCGAUUGGGCGAUAAGCCCCGCAGCAUUGAGGAAGGCAAUCUGCUCCAUUAUGUCGAUGUGCGUGUGCUGGAGCAGGAGCGUUGCUUUUGCUAUUUUCUGCCCGGACUGGUCAGUGAGCAACGCCACAUAUGCACCGAUGGCCUGGGAAAUCGGGGCGGCUGUGAAGGUGACUCGGGUGGUCCGCUGGUCUAUAACUGGCGCAAUGGCAGCUAUUUGAUUGGAGUGAUAACAUUUGGCAGUGCUGCUGGCUGUGAGGUGGGAGCGCCCACAGUCUAUACACGUGUGACAGCAUAUCUACACUGGAUCAGGCGAGAAACGGGACAGUUUAAUAGAAACACCCUAGACUUCGAUGCUGGCCUCAUCAAAUUAACCCCCAAAUUGAACUUCAAUUUCUUCAUCGGACCCGCUAAGUUACCGGCCACAUCUGAGUUUAUUGACUACACCAACGACUUAGUGAUUAUAAGCGGAUGGGGGGCAACAUCAGAUACCUCUGGAGUCUCCACAGUCCUAAAUACAGUGAAGAUGCAUGUCUAUGCCAACAAUCUGUGCGCCGAUUAUUACGGCUCUGACAUUAUCACCGAACACAAAAUUUGCGCAAAAGCAAAUAAUGAAGAAACAAAAUCCACUUGUGGUGGGGAUUCUGGCGGCCCAAUGUAUCAUAAUUCAUCAGAGACGGUGAUAGGCAUCACCUCCUUUGGCUCUAUUGAAGGGUGCGAGAUGGGUGCUCCGGUCGGGUUCACUCUUAUCCGCAGCGUAAUUAAUUGGAUAAACCUGGUUACCAACUAG